GCACACUCACUCUUUUCAAACCAAACUGCACUGGACUAGACUAGACUAGUGUAAACUGCGAAAUUCUAAACAGUAGUACUAUGGAGAGAGAAACUAUCCAUGUGGUGCUCCUCCCUUUACCAGCAUUCGGCCACAUGAUGCCAUUUCAUCAACUCGCCAUUGCCUUAGCCGAAGCCGGUGUGCAUGUGUCCUACAUCUCAACCCCUAAAAACACACAGAGACUCCCAAAACCCCCUCAAAACCUGUCACCCAAGAUAAGUUUCGUCUCGCUUCCUCUGCCAAUUUCGGACUCGAGCCCGUUACCCAAAGGCGCGGAGGCCACCGUCGAUCUGAUCUCCAACGAGCAAGUCCCAAACUUAAUCAAAGCGUUCGAUCUCCUUCAGAAACCGUUGGAGAAGUUUGUUGUGGAGCAUUCACCUGAUUGGCUUAUUAUCGACUUGUUCACUCCCUGGGCAACUGACGUGGGAAAAGACUGCGGUGUCCCGGUUUUGGGGUUCUCACCUUUCUCCGCCGCGACUUGCUUGUUUUGGGGGCCGCCAGAGUACUUAACCGGCGAUGGCCAGAAGAGAGUCCGGUCGUCGCUGGAGAGCCUGACAAAGCCGCCGGAGUGGGUCACUUUUCCUUCGUCGGUAGCUUACCGCAGUUUCGAAGCACCACCGGGUACAGUCAGUGCAUUGAGCAAUUUUACCAUUUACAAACGAGAUAAGACUUAUUCACAAGUCAUUUCCGGAGGCGACAAAUCACAGCCGUCCGUUUCGACAAUCAACGAUUUGAAUUUUAAUAAAAUUUUUCUGGAGAAAAGUUAAGUUAAACUUUUUUACGGAAAUUUUUUAGUAAAACCUGGACCAUCAAAUUCACUUUAGACGCAUACGAUCUGGGCUUCGUAAACUGUUUUUCACGAAAACGACCGCAAAGAAAAUUUUCUCUUUACAAACACAACUUUGAAAUACAAGUUCAGAUACAACUUUGUUUGUAGCUCUUUUGAUGCACACGGCUUAUGUACAUCAACUAGUUUCAGACACAAUUGUGUUUUAUAGUGUGUUCUAGAGUUAUUGAUUA